AACACACAAAACAAAUCGUAUCAUGAACUCAUCAUUCACUUCUCAUCCAAUCACCAAACUAUUCAAUCAAGAACAGCCCAUUAACUUAAGAUCACUUCAAGGUUUAUUAUUAAAUCAUGGUAUCCCCGAUCAUCCUAAUCACCUUAGACCUAUCAUUUGGAGUUUGCUCUUAAACUUAACAUCUGAAACAAAUCCUCAAAAACGAUCAAAACAACUUAAUAACAAAAGAACUGAAUAUAAUGAGUUAAUGAGUUAUCUCGUUCAACAAAUCGAUCUUCAUAACGGUUCAAAUCUCACUUCACCUGCUAGUUCUUCUUUUCCUAAUGACUCGAAACAAACAUCUCAACGCGAUCAGAUUAAUCAAACUCUCAGCUCUAUUGACGCUGAUGUUCGUCGGACUCAAGCUAAUCUUACCUUCUUCAGUUCACCUAUGAAAGCCAAUCUCAACUCGUCAUCUGGUGUCAAACUUCAUAUUCUGAUCAAUCAAUUAAACCGUUUAAAUCCCCUUCGUUCUAAACCUUCUCAUCAACAUCAAUCUGUUUCAAGAUCAUCUAAAGAUCACAUACACGAAUCUACGUUUCAUAAUCAGAAACAAGACUCAUCAUUUGAUGAUCAGGAAGACGAUUCUAUCAAACGUUCCUCUCUCACAAGCUCAAGCUCCUGUACUACUACCACUAGCAGUCCUCUCGAUGAGACCGACGAACGCGCCUGUUCACCUACUCAUACCACUCACAUCGAAUCAUCAGAUCAAGACCAUGCUCAGUUCAUCACCUUACAACCCAAACUCGAUCCUAUCAUCACUUACUCUGAAUAUCAUGCUCAGCCUACCACUCCUCUCCUCAGUAUCCAGGCGCCUAGUCCAAUCUGUAGCCCUUCUUCACCUUCUACUUCACCUCUACCUAAUCCCUUACCCACUCCUAGGCUAUCCCAACGACCAGCAUCUGACGAAGCAGAGGAUGAUGAAGGCGAUAGACUCACUUACACCUUUCAUGAUUGUCUUACUCGUUUAUUAUAUGUUUGGUCUACCCUUAAUCCUGGCAUUGGGUACGUUCAAGGAAUGAACGAGUUGGGCGCAUUGAUCCUCUAUGUCUUUGGUCAAACAAAACCUCAGCAAGUUGGCUACGAGGAUAAAUCAGAAAGUGAUUUGCUGAGUGACAAAGUCGAAGCCGAUGCUUUCUGGGCCUUUACCACUCUCGUGUCGACAGUCCGUGACAUCUUUGUACAAUCUUUUGACAAUCCUUUACCUUCUACUCUCCUUCAACCUCACCGACCCAGUUCACCUUUACGGUUUACCGAACCUAUUCAAUUCUCAAACCCAAUCCCUACCACUCGACAACAAGUUGGUAUUGGCCGACUUUUGGACCGUUACGGGGCGUUACUCAAGUGGCUUCACCCCUCCCUUUCCGAUCAUCUAGCCCUACUCGGUGUCGACCCGACUCUAUAUACUUUCAAUUGGUUUACCUGUCUAUUUACUCACUGCUUUAAUCUAGCCGACGUCAUCCGGCUAUGGGAUCCACUUCUUACUUUGAAUCUCGAUCCUUCUCAGUCACAACACGGGGUAGCCAACCAAGAGGAAAUGAUGGACUUUUUGGUAGAUAUCGCAUGUGCUCUCACGCUCCAGCUCGGUCCCACCAUCUUAAAUAUUACAAGCUUUGCAUCAGCCAUCAAGUUACUGCAAGGCAUUCGCUCCUUUCGCUCCGGACCUGGCUUUCCUGGCUUCCCUUCUCUUGACGUAGAUACGAUUGUUCAGGACGCCUUACUAAUUCGUCAACGUCGAUUGGCUAAAGGUUUUGCGACUGAACAGCCAACAACGGAUCUGACCCAUCAUCCCAGUCAUCAAUUACCACCAGUACUCGAGACCGAAGAACAGGAAUCAGCACAUGAUGGUCAUCCACAUCAACGUUCGUACAAUCGCCCUGGUCCAUUUAAUGCGCUUGGCUGGACAUCUCUUCAGCGGUAUAAGUCCAAGUCUGCUACGAACCUUGGCCCGCCGCUACCAUCGUCCCCGACCAAUCAGCACCAGAGGUCAAUGGAGCCUGUGAACGGUGCAGUAGAAAACCAUAACGGCGGUCUGUUGGAAAAACUCAAGACUCGGGCUGAAGCUUGGAAGGAUAGUGAUACAGCUGCGACAUUUUCUAAGCAAGCUACUAACUGGACCAUCUUGGCGUCCUCAUGGCGUCCACCAACGAUCGUGUCUAAAUUAACGUCUCUUUCGAUGUCUGAUCCACCUAGUCCUUCUACUCCUGCUUCUCAGUCAUAUAAUCACCAAUCACCAUAUGAGGCUAGCGAUGCUGAUACAGGAACCGAAAGUUUUCUCUCAUCAGCGCGUUGGUCGCGACUUUCAUCUUCAAGUUCCUCAACAGUCUCUGUAGACCCCAUCCACUCGCCGCCCUCAACUGGUAGCCUUGGAUCUCCUAUCGCUUCCGGUUCAGUACUGAUGGGUAGCUCGCAAGGACCUCGUCCAUUGCUCUUAAGUUCGAGGGCAAGAACCACGGUCGUUACUCAGUCUCCAACGCCCUCUAGGGAAGGAAGUACCGGUGGUCUGAUGUCCGAGUUAAGUUCAUCUUGGAGGAAGAUCAGCGGGAGUGGUGGUGGAGGAGGAGGAGGAAUCAAUUCAGUUAGUUAUGCUCAGUCGCCGAUUUCUUCCAUGGGUUCUCAAUCGCCUCUUCCAAUCAAUGGAGUGAAAAUUUUGGGCAGAUCGAGAUCACCAUCAAUGGUCACUUCUCCUCAACGAUCUCCAUCUCUUCGUUCUCGACAUGAUGAUUAUCAAGUAACACCUACCAAGAAAAAAUCAUUAAGACAUUCUUUACCUGAUAGUCCUUUCACACCUUUUCAUCAUCUAUCAUAAUCUUUGCAUUUUUCCUCUUAGUGCUUGGACAGAAAGGAUCGAUUAAGACUCUGCAUGUUGUAAUUUACUUUCUUCUUUGUUGUAUGAGCAGCUCUGAUCAAGCUUGAGAAAAGAUAAGAGCCGAUCAAACCUGAUCCUAUUUCUUCUUGAAUUCACGACAACUAUUUUGGUUGAUCUAUGAUGUGAAAGGAGAGGUUUGUGAUGAGAUGAAUUCAUUUCGUAUCUCAUGCAAUCUAUGUAUUGAAUAAUAUAUGUUGUUAGUU